GUGGGACACGCUUGCAAUCGCGACAGGACCUUCUGUGAGGCGAAGGCUUGGCCGCGGCAGCCAUGCGGGCGACGUCAAUUGCUACCGAAUAACCGGGUCUGUGAAUGUCUGUGCGCCCAUGGAGCCAAAGCAUUGAGCAGUUUGUGGAUUACCUCGCUUCCCCGGACCGAUUUCCUCAACGCCCAUGUACGGGACACGUGUGGCAGCGGGUGGUUACCUGCUCAUCGCUUUUGUGGUGUGCGUGACGCCGGCUGGGAGUCAGGGCACGGCAAAAAGGAUUGCCUGCGACACCGACGCUGCUGCUUCGAACUGCAAUUUUGGUCACGUUUGCUGGGUGACGUGUCCGGAAGUUUGCCCGCUGGACCGCAAGCUAUACGGCACCGAGACGUACACAUAUGACUCAGCCAUCUGCAUUGCCGCAAUCCACGACCUCCGACUAUCUCCGUGGCACAGAACCCAUCGCACAGUUGCCUUCAAACGAGACCGGGAUGCAAGAAGUUACCGGGGAUCGUGGCGAAACGGGGUCAAGACGUACAGUUACGGGAGCCUACUACUCGCUUAUAAAGGGAGCUACCGCUUUGUAAGCCAACGUAUUCAAGAGCCACUACUUGACCUGACAUCGGUUCACGUGCGUUACCGUUUCGAGCAAAACGAGAAGCACGCGCAAGUAUGCUUCGCGCCACCGGGACAAGUGAUCGACUUCACGCACUUGGGCUGGAAUACCCGCCAGUAUGAAGGAACUAGUGCGUAUGAUGGUGUAUUCGGAAAGGUCUGGCCCCCUACCGACGGAAGUGGAGCCAUUUUCGGAGCCUUUGUCUGCUCGGUGCGGGGCAGCGCGCUGACAUCCGCGACCUCGGUGGCCAUGCAGAAGAGCUUUUAUUUCCCGACCACUCUCAGCCAGACGAUCAGCGUGAACGAAGGCGUCAAUAUCGGUAACGCCAACGGAGGAGGCUCGACUGAUUGGUUCAAGGACGGGGAUGGUGUGGCCAACCGAAAGUCAACGAUCCAAAUUUGGAACGCCCAACUGGGCGACGGAGGCUUGUACGCAUUCAGGCAGCCGCCUGGGCCCGUGCAAGUGUCGAGAGUCAUUGUGCGCGCGUGCCCUGGUGGAAGAUACGGUGACGUAUGUCAAAAGAUCUGCCCCCAGUGUUUACACGGAGGUGUUUGCCACGACAUCACCGGCGUCUGCGUCUGCCCCCCGGGCUUUACAGGAGAUCGAUGUGAAGGAUUUUGCAACUUGAACCACUUUGGCAAGAACUGCAGCCACAACUGCACCGAAGUUUCGGCACUGGCUGGAGGUGACCCACGUUGCCGGGGCAUGCUGUUCUGCCUACCAGAUCCGUAUGGCUGCUCCUGCUACCCCGGGUUCCGAGGAUUGGACUGCACCGAAACGUGCGCAGAGGGCACCUUCGGCGCAGGUUGCCAGCAGAAGCGGACGUGCCACUGCCAACAUGGCGUCGGUUGCCACCCGCAGUGGGGAGUGUGUGCUGGCGGCACCUGCGAAGAGGGUUACAGAGAUGCGCCGUUCUGCGAAAGAGAGUAUCCCGUACUGGCUACCUUCUACGCCAAAGUUAUCGAUGAAGAAAGCAUCAAUGUGUAUUGGGAACCGUGGUCUUCUUUGAAAGGUGACAAGGGAGAAGGGGAGCCCGACGGCUACGUGAUACAGUUUAAGGAGCGAGAGGCCACUACGUGGAACCGCACGGAUAUAAUCCCAGACUCCGGCAACGGUACACUGUCAGUGGAUAUCACAGACCUGAAGCCAUACACGGGGUACGAAGUUCAGGUGUUAGUGCACGACGUCAGUGGUCACGUGCACUCGCAGACGGCGCCGACUGCCAGGGUCAGGACGCUCUGCGGAGCACCAUUGUCAGCACCUCACGACUUAAAAUAUGAGGAACGAACGGACGGAACGGUCAAGGUCAUGUGGCAACUUCCAGAACGCUCCGAAUGGCAGUGCGACGUAGUCAGCGCCCAGGUGCAGGUCAACGAUGGCGCGCCUCAACACUCCAACAGUUUCGGCUUCACGUUCUCGACGAGACAUUUCACUGCGUACCGAAUCCAGGUUCGCCUCAUGACGAUCCCGGAGAAGGCUGGCCCCUGGUCAGACCCCUUCGAGUUUACCACACGUGAAGAAGCUCCUGGGGAAGUGAGCAGCCUGUCCAACGAAAGGUUGUCACCGAAGACUUACCGGCUUCACUGGCAACCACCGGCCGUAGCCAACGGCAUACUGCGAGAAUACCACCUGCUGAUUCUCGCUCUUGGCCUGGACAGUGUCAAUUGUCCCGAGUUUCAAGCACCAGAGAGAAUCAACGCUUCUUUCCCCGCCAACGUGACAUCGACGGUGUUCCACAACUUCACAGCUUCCGCGGUGUACCGCGUUUCCAUACUGGCAACGACAGUUAAGGACGGCCCGUGGAAGGAUUAUCGGCUGAUUACCAACGAAGAAGUCCCAGAGGGUGCUCCGCAGCGGCUCACAGUGGAUCGAAUAGCCAACCGGUCAGCCGUAGCGUCCUGGCAAGCUCCCGACUGCCGCAGUGUCAACGGUCCGAUCACCAACUACUCGGUCCUUCUGACCUCGCCGGAGGAGUGGGCGGCGGACCAACUCUCGAGGAGACAGGCUGAGAGAACAGUCGAAAUGAGCGCCCUCGUCCCGUUCACGGAAUACAAGCUCAGCGUGUCCGCUGAGAACAGCGCCGGCAUGGGCCCCGCUGCUAACGUCACAUUCAAGACGGCACCCAGUGUCCCUCCACCUCCCAGUAACUUGACGGUGUACAGCGCAAGCAGCCAACACCUGGCGUUGAGCUGGAACCCGCCAUAUCCGCCACACGGAGUGCUAGAGCGCUACGUGGUUCACUACAAGCUUACGCGAGACUCGGUUUUCCAGGACGGCGUAAACCUGACGCCUGACCAAGCGACCUGUGUAGGCGAUGCCGACGCCAGGAUUGGGCAACACUGCGCGGUUCUCGGAGCACUGCUUCCCAAGAUGGAAUAUCACGUGUUUGUUGUCGCCAAGAACAAAGACGUCAGGACGUGGAGUGAAAGAAGCAACUUGGUAACGGCGCAGACACGAGAAUCAAAGCCCGGACCACCAUCCCACGUCUCCGAAGGCGGGCGAAAUGAGUCAGCAGUGAUCAUAACCUGGAAGGAGCCGAGCCUUCCCAACGGCAUCAUUCUCGGCUACAGGGUUACCUUGGUGAACCGGCAGCUACAGUCUACCGAGAAUAACAUCUCGACUGAAGUUCCCGCGGACUACAGGCAGGCGCAGUUCAUCGACCUCACCCCCGGAACCGGCUACGUUGCUCAAGUGGAAGCGAGGACAGCGGCAGGAUACGGCAAACCGUUGGAAAUUACCGUCCAUACAAGACCUCGCCUACCAGUCAUUGGGACGAAGGUUGAACUGAAGACUGUGGACGAGAGCGCCAUUACUUUGCAACUGGCACCAGCCAACGAUGCGCCUGACGAUAUUAAGGCGUACUACGUGCUGGUGCAACGACACGAGCAGGCGAGGAAUCGCUCGAGACGCUCCGCGGAUGGCCCGAAGAGCGGCGAUAGCGGAGGCGGCGGCCUUCACGAGUGGACGGAAGGCACUCCGGACUACAACGAGUCCCUGGCCGCCAACCUGUCGUUCUACAUGGCCGCCAAGAUGACGCCCGAGGAAGUGCGAGGCGGGGGAGACUUCACGGUGGGCGACGGCCUCUACUACGGCGGAUACUACAAUGCGCCCCUGGUGCCCGAGUCCACUUACAGCGUCGGGCUGGCAGCCGAGGUCGACUUCGAAGGCGAUAGCAGGAUUUCUUACAGACUCCUGUCUGAACCAGUCACUGUUCGAAAACAGGAACCACUAGGCCGUGGGUCUACGCCGACUGCAGUCAUUGUCAUCGUCGUGAUCCUCAUGGUAGUGCUCAUCGUUGCCGCCUGGAAAUGGCGAAAGAAAAUUAUAGGGAGAUUGCCGCGGACGUUCCCGCACAAGCCUGCAACACCAGCAAGUGACGCGGCAAGCCUGUCAAUUGUUGAAGAGAGCGACGGGCUGGAAUUCGAGAUGGAAGAAAUCGGCAACGGCAACGGAACCGAGACCAGCUCCAAGCCGCUGCCCGUGUCUGAUCUUCAGGAUUACGUUCAGCGCAUGCUAGCGUGCAAUGGCCUCAAAUCAGAGUUCAUCCGCCAGGCCAAGGGCCGCCAGUACCCAACGAUAGAGGCACAGAGGACCGAGAACAAGGUCAAGAACCGCUACGGCAAUUUACUGGCUUAUGACCACAGCCGUGUAAGACUCAAGCCGAUACCUGGUGUAUCCUUCUCAGACUAUAUCAAUGCCAGCUACAUUGACGGCUACUGCCGACCGAAGCGGUACAUCGCCACUCAAGGCCCAAAGCCGCACACCGUAGAAGACUUUUGGCGGAUGGUGUGGCAGGAGAAUGUGUGCAAGGUUGUCAUGCUGACUGGCCUCGUGGAAAACGGCAAGACCAAGUGUGAAAAGUACUGGCCGGAGAAAACAGCCACCUACGGAGACGUGCAGGUGCACUUUAUCACCGAGGAGACGUUUCCAGAGUACACCAUUCACCAGCUGCACAUCACUCUUGCCGACACCACGCGUGAGGUGAAGCACUUCCACCUGACGUCGUGGCCCGAUCACGGAGUGCCCCUCUACCCCAACGCACUGCUGACCUUCCGGAAGAAGGUCAACCAGUACCGGACGUUCAACGAGGCGCCAGUGGUGGUACAUUGCAGUGCUGGCGUGGGCCGCACUGGCGCGUACAUCCUUCUGGAAAACCUCAUCGAGCAAGCGCAAUCCGAGGGAGUGGUGGACGUUAUCGGCCAACUGGCAGCGAUGCGCCACAACCGGAUGAACGUAGUCGAGACGCUGGAGCAGUACAACUUCGUCCACCGAGCGUUGAUGGAGAGCGUGUGCAUCCGGGACCACAGCGUUCCCUGCAGCAAGAUAUCCGACCGUUACCGGGAGCUACUAGCAGUGGACGAGUCGACGGGAAAGAACAACUUCGCUAAGGAGUUCGAGGAACUCAAGUCUGUGAAACCAUGGUUUACGCCUGCAGAUUUCACAACAGCAAACGACCCCGCAAACCUAAGGAAAAGCCGGGACACUUCAGUCCUUGCAGCGGACCGGUGUCGACCGCUUUUGAGGGACGGGACAUUCGUAAACGCCGUCUACGUCAACGGUUUUCACAAAAAAGACAAGUUCCUGGUGACGCAGACGCCGUCUAGCCGGGAUGUCGACGACUUCUGGAAAUUGGUCGUCGAGUCGGGAGCAAGGACUAUCGUGACCCUGGACGUCUUUAGCGACGACGCUGAUGUGGUGCAAUUUUGGCCAACAAGCGGCUCGGCCCGGUACGGCGAUCACAAGGUCGAGUGCACAGAGAACCGAAAUGUGAACGACAUGUCCGUGCAAGCCUUCAAAGUUACGCCAAAGCACAAGGGUCCAGGGUCGUCGGGAGCGGUAACCGUGAGGCACUUUCACCGCAACACGUGGAAUAGCGCGGGACAAAUGGUCGACUUGGUGGACCACGUGGAACGUUGGCAGCAGCAGUCAGACGACAAGCUUAUCCUUGUACAGUGCAGGAACGGGUGCUUCGCCAGCGGACUGUUCUGCUGCAGCUUGCUCGUCUUGGAGAAGCUGAAGGACGAGCAGGAAGUGGACGUGUUCUACGCGACGAGGAUUGUUCGAGAAAACCGGCCGCAGUUCAUCCUGGACAGCGACCAGUACAAGUUCUGCUACGACGUUGCAAUGGCCUACCUCGAGUCCUUCGAGAUGUACGCGAACUUCCGCCAGUGAUAAAGUUUGCAUGGACGUGCCACUAAGUAAAGGUUGUGUUUACAAAA